AUGGUCGAGCCUGAUCGUCUGGAGCUUCUGAAGGCCUUCGACGAAUCCAAAGCUGGUGUCAAAGGGGUCGUCGAUGCCGGAAUCACCAAAGUCCCACCCAUUUUCGUGCGUUUAAAGAAAGAUCCCUCCAUCGCCGGUGACCACAAGACAUCUGGCCAUUUCAGUAUUCCAGUGAUUGAUCUGGCUAACAAUGAAGGACGAUCUGCUGAGGUGGUGAACCAUGGGAUGCCUAGGAGAGUGAUGGAGGAGAUGAUGGAGGCGACGCUUGGGUUUCACGAGCUACCGAGGGAGGACUAUGGCAGGGAGCCGGCGAGGAAGGUCAGCCUGGGAUUCAAGGCUACGCUCGACUUGGGCAAGUGGUCGCUGACCUUUUGCUGGGAAAUCAAAUUUGUUCGGCCGGAUCCGGAUCUGGGAUCUAGGGAAUUUGAAGAUUUCUUGGAAUUUUGGCCAUCGGAUCUUCUCAAGGAUUGGCUGCGUGCUCUGGUGUGGCGCGGCGGAGCAGGACGAGGCGUUCUAGGGCUGUGCGUGGAUGGUGGAGGCGGCGCUGUGGGUCCUUCCACUAGUGGCAUUCGACGGCUGCAGUGGGAGAGUAGAUGUGUGGGUGCCCAGAGAAGGUCUGAUAGGGUGCCCAUGUACUUAGGUGUCCAAAUCAGAUUCAGAUGGGCUUGGGCUUUUGUCGAGUCUGCUUUGGCAGAUUUGACUUUGGUCUCAGGCCGGAUUUGGAUCCGCAUUUGGGAUCCAGGUCGUAUUCUAUUUCGGAUCUUGGAUCCGAAACAGCUGCUCAUAUUGUUCUGGUAUUGGUUCUGGUUCUUCAGAGUUCGUCUGCCUAAAUCCGAGGUUCUGGAACCCUUGGUUGCUUUCGAUCUUUUGCUAAUGUCAAAUAAUAAGUUCACAAGCGUGAUUCACAGAGUAUUGGCUAAAAAGGAAGGUCCAAGAAUUUCCGUGGCCUGUUUUUUUGGACAGUCGCUAGAAAAUUCUUUGAGACUGGGGCCAAUCAAGGAGUUGAUAUCUGAAGAAAAAUCUCAAGUUUACCGCGAAACAACUGUGAAAGAAUAUGUUAUGUGCCACUACAAGCAAUGGGAAGCAUAUGAGGUCUCGGGGCUAGAAAGCUUGAAGCUGUGA